AGGCUCAGGGGUGAAUGGCCCUGAAGUUAUCUGAAGUGUUGCCAGCCACAUGCCCGAUGCCCUGCUCGCGGCUCUGGCGCAGUUCCUGCUCUUCCUAUUGCUGGUCGGGCUGUCUGGAAGCGUCGAUGCAGCUGUGGUGAAGCAGAGGUUUCAUGGCAAAUGCGGCAUCAUCCUAGGCUUGUGCUGCCAGUUUGUCAUCUUGCCCUUCCUGGGCUUUUGCGCUUCAAAGGCCUUCAACUUGGAGCCCAUCUUUGGGGUGAUGCUGAUCACUGUGACUUCAAGCCCCGGUGGCGCUUAUAGCAACUGGUGGUGCUCACUCUUCAACGCAGAUUUGGCGUUGAGCAUCGCGAUGACAAGUUGCUCCACCUUUCUGUCUUGCGCACUGACUCCUCUGAAUCUGUAUCUUUAUUCGUAUUUCGCCUACUCUGCCAAUCUGAAGAUUGAAUGGUGGAGUUUUCUACAACCAGUUCUGGUUGCGGCGGCCGCCAUUGGCUGCGGCUUGGCGCUCAGCUUUCUGGCGCCCAAGGCCCGACGGCCUUGCGGCCUGGUUGGAAAUAUUGCUGGAGUUCUCCUCAUCGUUUUCAACGCAGCGGUCUCCUCAAGGGACGACCCAAUUUGGGACAAGGAUGCCAAGUUCUACGGCGCUGUAGCGCUUCCUUGCAUAUGCAGCGUGGUUCUCGCUUUUUGCAUCACCAAGGUUAGUGGCCGAGUAUCAGCGCCGGAGGCAGUGGCGAUAGCGAUCGAGACAUGCUAUCAGAACACGGGCCUGGCGUUGACGAUCGCACUCUCGAGCUUCGAGCCCCGCGACGCGUCGCGGGCAUCUGGGGUGCCCCUCUUCUAUAGCCUCGUGCAGGUGAUCGUCAUGCCGGUUUUUCUGCUGUUCGCUUGGAAGACGGGCAUGACAUAUGCUCCGGCGAAUGACUCCUUUCACCGCGUGUUGUUCGGCUGCCACCAGCCGGUCAGCAAAGUGGAGGAGACACAACCGGACGAUGGCAUCGGCAGAAGCGUUAGCGACGCAGUGAUUGUGGUACGGAUCGGCAACGGCAGCAAAGAUGCGAAGGAGCCCAGUCAGAACGACAUUGAGAACACUGAUCCGUGGAAAGGAGGCUCUCAUCCUUUGGCAAAGCAGUCUCCUUCACCCAGUGAGGAUGGACAAAAGCGGGAACCAAUGGAGAAUGAGUUGACCUAGCUCUGGCAUUUUUCAGCUAAUCCUUUGGUCUUAUUUGUCGCCGCUAUUCGACACAGAGGUUAGUGCUCCU